AUGACGGACAUGGGUCCCGCUCCCGAAGUAACGCUCGCAGGAGUGGCAUUGAUCGCUGACACAUUGGCUUUCCUCAAGACAUCGUCGCUGUCCUUUAACCCUGCACCAGUCACAUUUCUCGACGAUUGUCUACUAGUCAUACCGAUUCCGUUCUUCUUUGUGAACACAGCGUUGAACGUGAUCGCGGAGAUCUUUCACGCAAGCGGCUCCGGGUAUCGGGCUGGGGUUCUGCUCCUACAACUCCUCCAAGUCCUUCUCCAGACGCCUAUGCUCAUUGAUGGUCUCCGUCGAUCGACUUUCUCGCCGAAGCAAAGGUAUAAGAAACCGGGACGGGAACUGGUAACUUUUUUGAUCAUCAUCAACCUGGCUAUGUGGGUUGUCUUCACAUUCGAACUAAAGAAAGCAGAUACCCUCGUGGCUGCACCGAAGUUUUUCGGCGAACGUUGGCUCUACAUCGGGCACACAACUGUGCCCCUGAUGCUAUUUUACAGGUUCCAUUCGGCGGUCUGUUUCGCGGACAUCUGGAAGAGUGCCUACGAGAAAGAAGAGGACUGA